AGCAUGUUGACAAAAAAAAAGUAAGCCACCAUAAAUAAACCAUAAUAAACUGGCGUAUAGAACGAAAACAAGGCGGAUACACAUAAAGAGAAGCUAUUUGGGAUAUAGGAAAUCGCUUACUGCAAGUCAUAAUGGUCAAGAGUCGCCGCCUCCGAUGAACAACAAUGCUGUGAACGAACACAGAGAUUCCACAUUAUAUACAUUUCGCAUGCACGCUCUUCAAUUCAAACGUGGAUAUCAUACGGUCGUCAGUUGGAAUAGCUAGCCCGCUGCUAGACCAUGUCGGGCAGCAAUAACACUCGCCUGACUAUGGCGACUGGUGGAGCCGCUGGGAGCGGAGUGGACGGCUCCUCCUAUAUACGCACCAUCGAAUGGGACAUGAUGAACAAAUCGAAAUUCUUUCCACUAUCCAUGCUUAGUUCAUUCUCGGUGAGAUGCUGCCUAUUCCCAUUGACUGUGAUCAAAACUCAGCUGCAGGUGCAGCACAGGAGCGACAUAUACAAGGGCAUGAUUGAUUGUGCCAUGAAAAUUUAUCGCUCGGAAGGGGUGCCAGGAUUGUAUCGCGGCUUCUGGAUAUCGUCGGUGCAAAUUGUCUCUGGCGUAUUUUACAUUAGCACCUAUGAGGGAGUGCGUCACAUACUCUCCGAUUUGGGUGCCGAUCAUAGGAUUAAAGCUUUAGUUGGUGGCGGCUGUGCAUCGCUUGUGGGUCAGACAAUUAUAGUUCCUUUUGAUGUUAUAUCCCAGCAUGCCAUGGUAUUGGGCAUGUCGGCUCAUCCUGGCUCCAAAAUGGACAUCAAUCCGUUGGGCAUUAAAUCAUGGCCUGGACGCAGUCGUUUCCAAAUAUCCAAGGACAUUGGACGUGAGAUAAUGCGGCGCGAUGGAUUGCGUGGCUUCUAUAGAGGCUAUACAGCCAGUUUAAUGGCCUAUGUACCGAAUUCGGCCAUGUGGUGGGCAUUCUACCAUCUCUAUCAGGACGAAUUGGUUCGCAUAUGCCCCAUUUGGGUAUCCCAUCUGUUUAUACAAUGUGUGGCCGGCAGUUUAGGUGGCUUUACAACGACAAUAUUAACCAAUCCACUCGAUAUAGUGCGAGCUCGUCUACAGGUUCAUCGGUUGGAUUCAAUGAGCAUCGCCUUCCGUGAACUGUGGCAGGAGGAGAAAUUGAACUGCUUCUUUAAGGGUCUGUCCGCUCGCCUGGUGCAAUCGGCAGCUUUCUCAUUCAGCAUUAUCCUAGGUUAUGAGACUAUCAAACGAAUAGCCGUUGAUGAGCAAUACAAACAUCAGAUACGGUGGUAGGGAAAUACGCACAAUCUCUUAAAACACGAACUGUUACCAACUCAAAAAUGCAUUUAGCCACUAUGUACCACCAGAGAAAGAUAGAGAAAGAAAGAGAGAGAGAGAGAGCAACAAAUUCGUUACCGCACGACGAUUGUAAAUAACGGACAUUAAAAGUUUAGCCCAUUAAUCAUUUUUCAAUUAAACAAACAAUUAGUGUUGAAAUUAAACCAAUGCGCCAAUUUAAAACAUAAAUCAUAUUUAAUGCAAAUUUAAUAUUAAAAAACCAACCUUUCCCUUUUUACGCCCCUAAAAAAAAAAAUGUUGUGUAGCUUAAAUUGUAUAUUUUUUGUUUCUUUUUUGUUAUUUAGUAAUUUUAUAUAUACAUAUAUUUAAUAGAAGCGAAACGGCUACAGGCAUAAAUUAUUAUUUACUUCUACGUAAUUGAUGAUGAUGAUUAUGAUGAUGAUAAUGAUAAUGUUGUUGAUAAUAAUGUUGUUUAUAACCAUAGAUAAACUCUUGUAAUACACAAAUACUUAACACAGCGAGGCUAGAGCCAAGCCAAAUAACUGAGCAUACACACAUACAUACUACAUACCUAAUUAGAUGUUUUUGUUAAAUGCGUUCCAUCACCCCCGCCCGUGUGGGUGACUUCGCAUUAAUGUUUAAGCAUAAAUGUGUUCUAUGAAUGGAAACAAUUAGGUCUUAGUCGGCAUUGUAAUAAAGUACAAACCAAGAAUUCAUCAAUUUUUGGCACUGUGAAACGUGUAUCUUAA